UAGGUAUCAUCAAACAUAACUUAGUGUGUGCUAAAUUGUUCGAACUUGUCGAUCUACGGAUGAAAAGAAGACUUCAAUGUCCAUGGCCAUACUUGCACUCCGUAAAAGUAGGCUUGUAGUUAGGGUGGUGGUCGAGAUGCCUAGCAGAGGACAUACAAACUAGAAGAGCGCCCAAAAAAUGGGUCAUGCAGUAAACACCUCACAGCCAGAGGAACUCAAGAGGCGGCAAAAUUCUCUCUUUCCAAAUGGGUUCUCUGAUCGAGGUAAAAUCUGACGAGGAAGUUUGUGAAGACGUAUAUUUCUUAGCUACUGUAAUUAGGAUUCCUUCAAAAAUCUAGGAAAAAAAUUUCAAACCCUAAAAGGUACUAGAAAGUUUACAUGGAGUACCAAGACCUGUUGGCGGAUGAAAAUGGUUCGGAGCUUCUGGGGGAGUACGUAAAUGUGGCGUUUGUGAGGUCAUCGCCACCACAGGAAGAGAUUGUUGACGUUCCACGGGAUGGGUGGCGGACAGGUGUUGUGAGGAGAGUAAUGGAGGUUCGAUGUUUGUAGUCACUUUUCAAAACACUCCAGACGAGCUCCAAUUUAGCGUUACAGACCUGCGGGUCGGGUCGAUAGACCCGUUCUGCCGGUAAAGAUCUCAAGAGCACAGCAGCUUUGAUGUUUGAAGUGGGGACAGAAGUAGAGGUUUUAUUUGAUGCAGAAGGUUGUCGAGAUGUCUGGUUCCCAGCUAUUAUAUUUGACAAAUUAAGAAAUGGUUCUUUCCUAGUGGAGUACCAGAGCCCAAAAGUUGGUGAUGAGGCUCGGCCUCUGAAAGUAACCACUGAUCCCCUCCAUAUCAGACCUCGUCCACCACUUCUUAAGAGAAAAAAAUUUGAUUUACUGGAAAAAGUUGAUGCAACCUUCGAUAAUGGUUGGUGGAGUGGAGUAAUUACAAAAGUGCUUGAGGAUAGUAGGUACCUUGUCUUCUUCAAGCAGAUAAAUAGGAAUAGGGAAUUCCAUCAUUUGGAAAUAAGACCGCACUUGGAGUGGAAAGAUGGCAAAUGGAUCACUUCCUCCAAGGAUGUCUCAAUCCCAUCUUCAGAGAAUGGAAAACAGGGAAGUCAUAUUUGCACCAAUGACACUGCGGUGGCAGUAAGGAGCUCAGGCAAUGGAAAUGACAAGUGUAAAGAGGAAAUGCCUUGUUCAUUGAAGUCAUUGGGGAAUCGGAUGGAGCAAUCAACUCAUCGCAAUCAGGAAACUUAUCAUGUUAUUAAUCCAUUGACAAAGAGCAGGCAUCUUUCACCUUCUGGUUCUUUUGAUACAUUUUCACAGCCUCUAAAGAAGCUCAAGGAAGGAAAAGCAGCGGCCUCAUCUCUUGCAACUCAUCAACAAACUAUAUUUGAAACUUCAAGUAAAGCAGUGCAGGAUGGUUCUGUAAGCCCAACCUCGGGAAUUACUGUGACCAGCUCUGUCAAACCAUUCGUGCCUCAGGAUCUGUCCUCUAAUAAUCCUUACUGGGGGAGAAGUCAGAGAAAACAAAGAAAACAAAAGAACCUUAUGUCCAGUUCUAUGAAGAAAAGUGGAAGAACACAAAUGCCACAAAUUGGAAUCCCAGAACUUUUGGUGGAAGGCAAAGAGCUCAAUUUAGUGGAAAAUGCUGCAAAUAUUCAAAAGGCGAGUGUGAAUAAGGGAUUGGGAAUUGUCUUAGGUUUGGAAUGUACUGAGCUGGGGAGCUCAAGGCAUAAGACAGGGAUUAUAACAGGUAUUAAGACUCUGGAGUCCGAUGGUAAUGAAUCUUUGAAGCCUGUGAGUGUCCGGGAGCAUCUAUCAAAUGAUUUGGCUAUACAGAAUAUAAAGGAGAGUAAACAAUCAGGUACUGAAGUGAACAUUCAGAAGAGAAAGAGGGGAAGGCCUCGAAGGAUAUUGAUCAAAACCCCACAAACUCCAGUAACAGGCACUGCGCAAAGAGGAGAUGUUUUGGAAGAUGAAAUGGUGACAACUUAUUGUCCAGAAAAUGAAGCUGGUUCUCACACAAGUGGUGAAGUUGAGAUGUCAGGGAUGAAGGGCUCAGUGUGUAAUCAGGAGAUGACAGUACAAAAGGAUCAUGAGAAUUUCAUCAAUGAUCUGCCAAAGCAGAAAAAUAUGUCUGUCGGUAUGAUGAAAAAGACCAUCUCAGAAGUCCCAGGUGAGAAAGUUGCUGGAAUGUCAACCAUUCCAAAUGAAAAGAAUUCAUCAAAGAGAGGAAAAAGGCGUUCUGCAGAUCAAUACAUUGCAUCUCAAUAUCAAGAUGCAUCGCGAGAGAGAACCAUGGAUUCAAAUGGCGUAGUCAAUGAGGCCAAGAAAAUUGUCGCUGAAUUACCUGGCAGUAACUUGGACAAUGAACCUCUUUCAAAGUGGAUUGAAGGAACACAGACUCCAACUGCUUUUGAUGGCUCAGAAGUCCUCCCCGCAAGGACUGCUGAGCAAUGUAUUCAAUGCUGCAAGAAGCAAAAUGAAAUUGCUGUGCCAAGUGAGCAGCAAAGCUUGCCCUUCGUGAAGAACUCAAUCCUGUGGAAAAUGAUUGAAUCCAUGGAAGUUUUCCAUAGAAUUCCCCAAAACCCACAUUUCAAACCUCUGGAAUCUUAUAAAGAGAGUUCUCGUGAAGGUUUGGCUAUAGGUUAUAUGGUGAACUUUUCGAGUGUGGUCGAUAAAGCUUUGAGUUUGCAAUUUGAUGAUCCUAAAAGCAUAAUGGAUGACAUUUUGGAGACGCUUGUGGACUUGGACAGACAUGGAUUUGAUGUUCGGGCAGUGCACAACCGCAUUACUAGCUUGGGAUCAGUAAAAGAAUGCCAGGAAAAGUUUAGGGGCCAGUUAGAGAAAAUUAGCAGCCAAAUUGUUGAAAAGACUCUCGAGGUAAAUAAGGUGGACGAAGAGAUUGAUGAGAUCAACCAACAGAUAAGGAACUUGCAUGAAGAGCUUUCGGUUGCCAGAUCAGCUAAAAAGAAGAAGAAUCGUGAAGUUGCUUCUUUGCAGACUAAACUGCAGGAAGUUAAAGAAAGCAUCAGUAGUGUCAAGGAUGAUUUUGAAGGCUUAGCGGGGGCACCUUUUGGAAAAUGCUUGAAUUUAAAGACACCCAUUUGUUGCAAGGAGCAUAAGUCAUAUCAUUGAUUUUGAGUUUUGCCGUGAUUAUGUCUGUAGGGGACAUGGAUUGGUUAUGAAAAUUCUGCUUUAGAUGUAUAUUUGUAGGUGUUUAGUAAGACAGACCUGAUAAACGACGUUACCUUUUGUAGUUUCAAAUUCUAGUAACUUUCUUCAAAGACCUUAUUCCUGGGUAUUUAGAUUUUUUGCUGUAAUAAUUUGGUUUGGCUACUUUUCUUU